AUGGUCACAGAAGAAAUGAUCAAGCAAAGUUGGAUAUGGUCUGAUAUUCUUUCAUCUUCCUUUUUAUUUGAAUUGCCAGCCGUUGAUGAAGAAGUCGAGGUUGUUGACUUAAGAGAAACUGAAUCACAAAGACUAGUAGAUGAAUUAGAUCAACUAAUUCAACAGUUUCCUAUUACAGAACCAUUUUCUGUAUACAAAUUUAUAUCUAUUGAUGAUAAUAUUGAGCAAGAGGAAAUCAGUAUAAGAGAAAUUGUGGAUAUGGUACUUGGAAAAGGAUUAGAGAAUAAUGAUGAAGAAGAAACAAUCUCAAUGGGAUGUUGA